UCAAUCGCUCCGAAACGCAAAUGUCUGACGCUGUAAACUCGAAAAGAGAAUGAUAAAUUUGACUUACACACUUUUCUGUAUAAUAAAAAACGUAUAGAGUCCUCAAUUCGCAUAUAAUUGUAAAGAAUUCCGUGUCGAAUAUAAUGAUGAAUAUACUAAUUCGCAUGAAUGUUAUUAGGAUUAUCGACCUUAAAGCUCGUCGCCGUGCGCUUUUCCUCCUGACUUCCCGUGGGCUGUAGAUGCGUAUAAGAAGAUGUCGAAUCAAGGCUUUGUCGUCGCAGAAUUCCCGGAUGGUAUUCAAGUAAUACCAAAAAUUUGGUUGCAAAAUAAAGAUGAAUGCAAAUAUCCCUCGCAUUUUAAGACGGAUAUAAAAAUCCGAAAAGCGGUAGAGAAACAGGAGAUACCAAAGUUUGAUUGGCCCGCAUUAGAAGUUAUAAGAAUUUUUGGCGAAUAUUCGUCCUUACAGAAGGCUUAUGCGAAGGCAGAGAAAGCUUUAUACACGUCAGAUAUGGACACGGAAAAGGAAGCAAAAUAUUACCGAAAACAGAGCGAGAAAAAUUUACUCUUCGUCGGAAAGCGAAGAAGAGUCUGGUGUAAAUUUGCCACCUGCUCCAUGUCCUCUUGCAAAACGUAACGUUAUAAGCAUUUUCAUUGCGCGCGCAUAUAUACAUACACACACA